CGUGACUCGUCGUCCACUCCUGCCACUAUCCCGCAGAAUCGAUCCCCCCUUCCGUCCCUCCCCUGCCUUCCCCUUAUCUACCGAAUCUUCCACGCCCCCGGUUCCGAUCCCGUCCACUCCGCUCGCGUCUCCCACCCGGUUGGCUCCACUGCAGUAUGCUAUAGCCCGUGGAGUUCGGUCCGUUGUCGGUUCCAGCGGGAUCUGCCGGGGUGGCGGCGGCGGCUUGAUCGGAGAAGUCGAGGAUGUCAACACCUGCAAGGAAGAGGCUGAUGAGGGAUUUCAAACGGCUGAUGCAGGAUCCUCCUGCGGGCAUAAGUGGAGCCCCUCAGGACAACAAUAUAAUGCUGUGGAAUGCUGUAAUAUUUGGUCCUGAUGAUACUCCCUGGGAUGGAGGUACGUUCAAGCUGACCCUUCAGUUUACUGAAGAUUAUCCUAACAAGCCACCUACAGUGCGAUUUGUUUCUCGGAUGUUUCAUCCCAACAUUUAUGCUGAUGGAAGCAUAUGCUUAGAUAUCCUACAAAACCAGUGGAGCCCGAUAUAUGAUGUAGCUGCUAUACUUACAUCCAUUCAGUCACUGCUUUGCGAUCCAAACCCAAAUUCACCUGCCAACUCAGAAGCUGCACGCCUAUUCAGCGAGAACAAGCGGGAGUACAACCGUAAAGUACGUGAAAUUGUGGAGCAGAGCUGGACCGCGGAUUAAAAUCACUGCAUCAAGCAUUGUCCCAUCAGCAUCUCGCGUGGUGAAUCUGCUUGUAAUGUAAUUAAAAUGUUACCAUAUGCUUGCUGUCGUGUUGGGUCAGAUUGGGUACAAUAUGAACUUGGUAUAUUGACUUAACACUGGUGCGAGCGUAUUGACUAACACUUUUUUUUUGCCGAGAAAGGCAGGAGAUAUUAGAACU